GAUUGAUGAAAUCGCUCGACUGUUUGUUACGAUUGCGAUUUGUUGUCAUAUUAGAUAAUUUUUGUUAAAAAUUACUAUAAUUAACCUAGCUCGUUAAGGUAACACCCAUCCCGGCGCCUGGGACGUGCGAGGUCGCGGUCGAAGGAAUUGUGCGGAACGGAACCGUUCGUCGUCGUCGCCGCAAGGAGGACGACCUUACCGAUGCAGUAGAGCACAGCAGCACCAGCUCCAAGAGCAGUGUUCCCCGUUUUGCCAAGCCCAACAAGAAGGUAGUGCUGCUGGUACUGCUGGUGAGCAAAGGAAAAAUCCUGUGCGUGCGUGCACAGAGUCGUGAGGUCCCUCGACGUGUACUAUGACAAUGUCGAGACAGUGCUGCUGCUGACGAAUGCUGACGACCUCCCCUGAAACCCCAAAACCUCAGCUGGGCCAGAUCCUGGAAUCGCCUGGAUGGCUGAAUUUGGCCAGCAAACGUAGUCCCAGCAGCUAGAACGGGGUUGUGCAGAGCAGUGUUGGCAGUGUGAGUUCAAGAUGUGCAUUGUUUGAGAAAGGUCCCGGAUUGGCCAAGUGAAACGGAAUAUUUUUGGGGCGCACGAGAAGAAAAUUCCAUGGGGCGACGAUACCCGUCACAAGUGAAGGCCAGAAUGGUUACAAAUUCCCCGUCCUCCUCAUCCUCCUCCUCCCAAGUGAUGCUGCCAAAGUGAGUGAAUCUCGAGGAAGCUCAACCCCCGGAAAAGAAAAUAAAAAAAAGUCAGAAAACAGUGAAAUUUAGUGUUUCCAAAGUGAGCAGACCCUACCUAGACAUUGUGGAUAUCCAGCAGUUCCCCCCCACCAAAAAAUUCAACAAAUGCCGACGAUCUAAAUGGCCACCGGCGAAGGAGCACCACCACCAGCAGCACCACGCUAGAGCACCAGGAAGACCAAACCAGCCCGGAACUGAGCUGAGCUAGGUGAAGCCGACCGACCGACCGGAAACGCACCGAGCAAAAUCCGGAAAGAGAGACGUAAUUGCAUUUGAUGAGUUUUAAUGAAUUCGAGCCGAGUCGAGCGAAACGAAGUGCAUCAAGGCAGAAGCAGCCAAAGCAAAAGCAAAGUUGAACGAAGAAAGUGACUGUGCGCGAGCGUUCCGAGAGCAGAUGACGCACGGGGCAGAAGCAGAAUCGUCGUCGUCGACUUCCCGGGAAGAAGCGAACGAGAACGACUCGGUUUGAGAGGGCGAAAUUGUUUCGCAAGUGUCCGUUAGCGAGUGGGGAGAGAGAAAAGUGGAUAAAAAGUGAAAGAAGAAACAGAAGUGAGGGCGCAAAACAAAGGCAUUCGUGGGAGAAACAAAAGAAGCCACAGAGAAAAGCGGGAGCAGCACAGGAAGAACAAAAGGUGAAUCAGAAACUGAAGUGUCUGUGUGAGAGUGUGUAAAGCUCAGCGCACACAACGACGACGACGAGUUGACGGGUUUGAUGGGAACUGAACUGCUGCCCUCUUCAGCGACGGGACGUGCCUCCGGAAGGCAACCACGAGUUUACGGUGAAGCGGGAUAGUGUUUGUACCACCACUCCCCUAUAGCGCACACCCCAACAUCACCUGUAAAAUAGUCUCCUCUUGCAUCCUAUUUGUACGCGAUAACGAUUGCAGAUUACCACAAUAACAACAAAUAAUAAAUAAAGUAAAAAAAAUAAAAUAUUGAUACUAGCGCUUCUCGACGAAGAUUUUAGCGUGUUAGUCUAGUUAAUGAGUAUAUUAUCUAAUUCAUGUAAAUGGCUUUAAAUCUCGACGUUUGACGCGUGUGUGUAAGUGUAUGUUAACCACAAGAAAUAAUGCAUAAAAUUAAACCUACAGUUCAAUCACAGUGCACUCGUAAACAGUAAACAAAGGUAGAGAGCUCCUUGCGGUCCUUUCGGUUGAGGGCCCAUCCCCAACAACCUCCAACGACAUCAACGACGACGAAUACAGAGGUAGUGUGUGAGCAGGGUGCGUGUGUGUUAGGCAGAAGGACUAGGGUGUCCGUCAAGUGAAUUUAGACCACACACACGUUUACACACCACGAGCCAAGAACGAUUCUCAAGGACGGCGCCCCCUAAAGGUGCCAAAGGUGCCGCCUUCUUACGGAAGGGGGCUCCGCAGGGGCGCUAGGCUGCCAGCUGCAGGCGAUGCACCGAUUUGCGGAUCGACCGGGUGGACCUGGCCUAAGAUGGGGAGCGUGCUACUCACGGCUGUGUUCAUAGCGUUAAAUUUUGCUACCGGCCUGGCCAACCCAGAUUCGAAGCGUUUGUAUGACGACCUGCUGAGCAACUACAACCGACUGAUACGGCCCGUGGGCAACAACUCCGAUCGACUAACGGUGAAAAUGGGACUGCGACUGUCACAGCUCAUCGACGUGAACCUUAAAAAUCAAAUCAUGACGACUAACGUGUGGGUAGAACAGGAAUGGAACGACUACAAGCUGAAAUGGAAUCCGGAUGACUACGGCGGAGUGGACAUGCUCCACGUGCCAUCGGAACACAUUUGGCUGCCAGAUAUUGUGCUGUAUAAUAAUGCGGACGGUAACUACGAGGUGACAAUAAUGACAAAAGCAAUUUUACAUCAUACGGGUAAAGUAGUAUGGAAACCACCUGCCAUUUAUAAAUCAUUUUGUGAGAUCGAUGUUGAGUACUUUCCGUUUGACGAGCAAACGUGCUUCAUGAAGUUCGGAUCCUGGACGUACGACGGCUACAUGGUGGAUUUACGCCAUCUCCAGCAGACGCCAGACUCGGACAACAUCGCCGUCGGCAUCGAUCUGCAGGAUUACUAUAUAUCAGUUGAAUGGGACAUUAUGAAGGUGCCUGCCGUUAGAAAUGAAAAAUUUUAUAGUUGUUGUGAAGAACCAUAUCCGGAUAUUAUCUUUAAUAUAACGUUAAGACGAAAGACACUUUUCUACACCGUGAACUUGAUCAUACCUUGUGUUGGGAUAUCGUUUCUCUCCGUGCUAGUGUUUUAUUUGCCCAGUGACUCCGGCGAAAAGAUAUCAUUAUGUAUAAGUAUAUUGCUGUCACUCACUGUGUUUUUUCUACUGCUGGCUGAAAUCAUUCCACCAACGUCACUAACGGUUCCACUGCUAGGCAAAUACUUAUUAUUCACGAUGAUGCUAGUCACAUUGUCCGUAGUUGUUACCAUCGCCGUACUGAACGUUAAUUUUAGGUCACCCGUUACGCACAAAAUGGCACCAUGGGUGCAUCGAGUUUUUAUAGAUCUAUUACCUAGGGUGUUAUGCAUACAGAGGCCAAAAAAAGACGACGAACCAUCCGAGAACGAGGAACUGCCGCCGGAGGUCCUUACGGACGUGUUCCAGGUGCCGCCGGACGUGGAAAAGUACGUCGGCUACUGCGGGAAGCAGUACAGCACGGAUUUCGACAUUCCUGCACUGCCACCGUCACGUUUCGACGUGGCCGCAUCGGGCGGGGUGGGGCCAUGUUUUGGCGAGCCCCCGCUACCAGCACUGCCAUUACCGGGCGGGGACGACGACCUGUUCAGUCCGACCGGCAACGGGGACAUGAGUCCGAACUGCUGCGGCGACCUCAGCCCGACGUUCGAGAAGCCGAUGCUGCGCGAGAUGGAGAAAACGAUAGAGGCGUCGCGGUUCGUUGCUCAACACGUUAGAAAUAAGGACAAAUUCGAGAGUAUAGAAGAAGACUGGAAAUACGUAGCACUCGUCCUAGAUCGUCUGUUCCUGUGGAUCUUCACGAUAGCGUGCGUGGUGGGCACCUGUCUGAUCAUCCUGCAGGCGCCCAGCCUGUACGACAACACCCAACCGAUCGACGCGAUGUACUCCAAGAUCGCCAAGAAGAAGAUGGAGCUGCUCAAAAUGGGCAGCGAGAACGUAUAGCAUCCGCCUGGGUUCGCAUCCGCCGUUUGGAAGUAUAUUCUGAACUGGAUGCGAACCCUGGUCAACGAGGACGACCACUAGGCAAAAAACGAAAAGAUCCUCACCACAAACACACUCACCGUAGUGUCCCAAAAUCCGAAGAAAACGAAACGAAACAAACGAACAAAACGAACGAACGAACGAAACAUCACAACACACAAACACUUACUAGUAGAAGAAAGAAACAAAUCUCACACAAUCUCACAAUGCUCACAGAGAGAACAACAAUAGACAACCAAAGUAAUGCCAAAGUUACUCCACACACCUACACACACACGUGUCCCGGAGUUGCAUCGAACACGUGGAUCGUCGUCGUCAGCCGGAACCACGUGAGUCAACGCUGCAUCUGAUUGUUCGUUUAGUGUUUUCUGUUUUGAUUUUGGUUUGCUCGAGAGGAAAGAAUGUCAAUAACAAUCAAAUUAAUGUUAAUACCGUGUAACAAAGUGUAGUUUUUAAUACAGCAGAAAACGAGCAGAGGAAAAAACGAGGGAAGGGAAAACUUUUUUAUACGACAAACCCGUGCGGAGAAGAAGGUUUAAGGUUCCAGUUUUGUUUUUUCGAAGGCGUGGUAAACGCCCCAAACUGAAGCUGAAACGUUGUUGUUGGUGUAAAUAGCGCGGAAAUGAGGGGGGCAUUUGUGGGAGUGAACAAUAAGCAAGGAAGAAAAUACGAGUGCAAUGUGAUUGACGUACUAACAGAGCAAAACCAGAACUUAAAGAACGUAGCGUAAUUUGUUGAUGCAGCAGAAAAAGUUGGAGUAACUUGAUGUAAAUAGUUGAAUUUUGUUGAAGAUAAUCCUAGUGGAAUUUGGUAAGCUAAACAGUAAGAUGAUGCUGAAGAACAACAAAAAAAACUUGAAAUAGUUGAUAUUUUUUUAUAACACAGAUGUGGGAGGGUGAAUUGAAAUGAUAGUUAUUUUUAAGUAAAUAGAAAGCAAAUUAAAAAUAAAAACGUCAUUUAGUUAGCGAUUAAAUUUGCAAACCUUUUUAUACACUCAGAAGCAUAGGAGAAUUGAAGUUUGUUUAUUUACCGCCAGACGCGAAUUGUGACGUUCAUGAGAAUAUAUUUUCAAAAGAGACUUUGUUCGCAUUCGCAUUCGCAUUCGCAUGGAGAUGGUGAUCUUAGCGGGUUGCAGACUGGAUUUCUUCAUGUAUGUGUGAUGAAUAUCCAGCCCAGUUUGCUUAGAAAUUGAUUAAAAGGAAUUAAAACCAAUUCUACCAAGACAGGACAGCCAGCACCAUGAAAGCCAUCCAUUGCCGGCCGCUCCCAUCUCCACCAUUCACCGGGGCAGGAAUAAGGAUCAGGAGCACGGGAAGUGUUGAUGCUAAACUUACUUAGAAAAAGGUAGCGAAACCGCAGGCUCUUUUUCCCAACCCUAUUGUGGAACUUGAUCAAACUGACCGUUUGACCAAAUUUGAUCGAAUUUAAACAACAGGGCUGCGUAAGUGUCGCGGGGAGUUGGUAGUUGUGAUGGGUAGAGGUCUAGGAUUCGCCCUAAGCAAGCGAUACGACCUUUGACAUAAAAAAGUUUAGUCGGUAAGAUUUUUAUUCCCAAGGCAAGCAAUCGGAUGCUGCUGUUGAGACAAUUCCCGUUUAAUCAAGGUAGUGAAUUUAGUAUUUUAACCAGAUUGUAAUAUUAUUCUCAAGGCAAGCAAUAAGAUGCUAUUGUUCAGACCGUUGUUAUUUAGCUGGUGAACGUUUAACUCUUUAUCCCGACGCGAAUAUUUUUAUUUAAGAUCCAAUAUUAGACAGCCGGCUGUGGAAACAAGGGAUCCAUUUGCAUACAUUUAAAUGUUGACCAAGACAUACAGACGAUUGUAAAAUCCGUUUUAGCCAGCAACAAAAGUUAUCAUAAAAAAUUGCAUAACAAGUUUCAAUAAAUACGCGGAGCGUUCCGAAAUAUA